GUCCUGAAGUUAUAUGAUUGAUAUGAAAUGACAACCACAGGAUUAUACGUGUGCCAGGUUAGAUAAACAUGUAAUGAGAUAAAGAACUGAUUUAUAUCACUGUAUCAGAUGUCUACAUUAGAAUUACUUUGUAAGAAAUUGACCACCCUGGAGUACACUGGUGACUUGACAUGGGGCAUGGUGAUUUUUGGAAACUGACCAAUAUCUGUGUUCAUGGUCACAAACAAAUUUAUUCCGUAGUCUCCUGUUGAGAUAAGAUGGGAUCUGUUCAAUACCAGUAUGCCAUUAUAUGGUUUGCCUUAGGAGUGACUUUGAUAGUCCCACUACUUAUAUUCGUUCGCUAUAAUGUAAACGUGGAUAAAACUAAACCAGUCGAUAACUCAAACAUUGUUCUUCUUAGUUCAAAAGAGACACUAGGGAAAAUAAUCACACGUGAUAAUAACCAUGGAUGGAAUAUCUUAGAUGACGAAACCUGUCAAGCAAAAGAUAAUUUCGUCCUUAAGAAAAUACUUCCUUUGAAUGUACCUAUAUAUAUUUAUAAUCCUAAUGAAGAUGUUCACAUAUCUCGAAUGAUUUUUAAUUCUGGUACAUGGGAAACCCCGCUGGUUGACAAGGUAGUCGAGGCAAUGAAACUUCAUCCGGAAGCAGUUUUUAUUGACAUAGGUGCUAACAUAGGCAUGUAUUCUAUGACAAUGGCGGCUCUUGGUUAUCGCGUCAUUGCAGUCGAUUGUAAUAUAGAGAAUGUGAUGCGGUUGUGUGCCUCCGCAAGAAAAGCAAACGUUACAAACAAGAUGUCUAUUAUUCAUAAUGGAAUUUCAGACAAGCGAUCGGUAUUAAGAUUGAUUAAAUCAACAGAGCCUAAUGUUGGUGGAAUGGGAGUUGAACAGAUAUCGCCAACAACAAAUAUAACUCACAAUUUCACAGCUAAUGCCAUACUUUUAGAUGAUUUACUUGAAAUAUUUCCCAUUAAAAGUGCAAUAAUAAAAAUGGACGUUGAAAAGCAUGAAGAUGAAAUACUUAAAGGUGCCAAAAUAUUUUUCAAAAAAGUUAAAGUUGAAACAGUUUUAUUGGAAUUUCGAUUCCAUGCGAAAGAUGAAACAGGACAGUUCAUAAUUGACUUUUUUGAUCAACACGGGUUGGCACCGAAUUUGCCAAAGCUUGUUAAUGCAUCUGAUUAUAGUACAUGGCCAGGAGAUUUAAUUUGGAGCAGGAAAAAAUAACUAUUUGAACAUCUCAAUUCAUCAACAUUUGUUUUUAUUUCAAAUUGUCAUUUUCAGAUUGUAACAAACUCAUAUAAGUUAUUUUUGAAUAUUUAUCAUUAAGGACAUAAUUUUAACGGGAGGUUGAGAGCAAAUGCAUGAGGUAUUGGAAGCAUCUGAGGAACGAAUAGGGUGGUAUCCAAUUUCUCGAUAUUUCAUAUGGUAAGAAACGAAAUUAUCAAAAAAGAGCCAUUCAGUUUUUCUAAGGCACACACAUGAUAAAUAAUGUGCUGAACAU